CUGAAACCAAAACCCCCGAUCUCCUUCUCCUCCUCCGCCGUCCCUCGAGGAUCGAUUUCUCUCCUCACCUCGACGCCAUUGACUCCCUAUUUGAGGAUCAAGGUACCCAGGAGGAGCUCCUUGUUCUGCCGAUCUCUUCAAUUUCUAGGGUUUAGCUGUUUCUCGCCUCCUUUUUGUCUUCUUUUACUGGGAUUUCACCAUCAUUUAUGUACUUGCCUGGAAUAGAGUGGAGUUUCUAUAUGAAGCACAUGGGAAUGGUCACUGAUGACUAGGGGUUUAGCAUCCAGAAGUAAAUUAAAUAUAGAGUUUAAAUGUGAUGGCAAGUAUCCCAAAGUCAACUGGUCACAACAUGCUGCUUUGGUUGAUGGCUCAUCACCUCAAGACAAUCAUUUGAGCUCAAAUUUCCUAUAUUCUUUACCAGGACAAAAACCUCAGUCUGAAGGACCUAACAGAAUGUUGUGCACAAGGCCUUUUACUUGUCAACUUCAAAGAACUGAAACCCUGCAGAAUCCACAAUUUGAAAAGGCCUGGAGAGCACUCAAUGGUAUUCAGGUGGCAUGCAAGAAUUAUUUACGGCCAGGAUUAACUGGUCCAGCAAAGAGAAAUCAUGCGAAUUAUAUUCCAACUAAUGUUUUAGAUUCAUCCAAUUGCACUGAUAAAGUGGCUUACUGCCAGAACCCUGGAAAUUCAGUUGAAGAAAAACAAAAGGCACUUCACAAUUCACUGUCUGAUGCACCCACAAAAGUCAGUUAUUCUUUAAAUUAUAAUGGAAAUUCUCUGCCAGUGAAUAGCAGUUUCGGUACAGUUGUUGAUGUGAGAUCAGAAAAAUUGCAACAAGAUACAAUAGGAGCAUCUCUGCGAUCCAGUUCCUCUUAUUCAGGUCCUAUAAACUGUCGUACAUCAAGUGAUAAUGAUUGCAAAUGUCUUGAUGAAGUUUUUGAAGAUGCUAUGGAUGAAGAUGAUCUUUUAAAGAACAUUGAUGUAGACCAGAUAGUUAUGGAGCACUAUCAAGCAACUAGUACUCCCAGAGGAUUAGCAUCAAAAGAUUCACCUUGUACUCCAGUUGGUAGCAGAGGUAACUUCAUGGGGCCUCGAGAGAACACCAUGCCCACAGAACUAUGUGAAAUAUGUAGCCAUGGUUUGAAACUAGCAUUUUGUCCAGAAGCAAGAGGACAUCUGCAGGAGCUGAAGGAUAAGCUAAUUGCCAUAUCAAAUGAACUUCUUGACAAUGCUGGUGACCUUAGUCCUUCUCGCUGUGAAAGUCUUCGUCAAGACCGGUUGCAUCUUAAUAAGCAGGUUCAACAGCUUGAGCAAUAUCUUAAUAACUCGAGGGUAAAUGAAGAAAGGGAAUUGUCUCAUCGUAUGGCCUCAACUACACCCAGGGAUUUCCAAUCUGUCACUCCUGUAAGCUCAUUUAUGAUAGAUCCUAUAAGGUUUGAUUCCCAAGUUCACAUAAGAAAUGAACUAGGAAAUUAUGAGGAUCGUAGUACUUCAGUGCCCUACUGUCCUACAGAUAGGUUCUCUUCGCCUCUGUCAUGUUCCAUGGAUAGGCCAAGUUUUGCAUCAACACCUCUGGACAGAGAAAUAUUUGCCCCUAAGCUUGCUGAAGUUAAUUAUAUUGAUGGGUCUACUGAUCAAAGAUGGAAGAGUGUAGACUUCCCGUGGACAAAGAAACUUGAGGCCAACAACAAGAAAGUCUUUGGAAAUCACUCAUUUCGUCCUAAUCAAAGAGAGGUGAUUAAUGCAACAAUGAGUGGAUAUGAUGUUUUUGUAUUGAUGCCCACAGGCGGUGGAAAGAGCCUAACAUACCAGCUUCCCUCUCUCAUCUGUCCAGGAGUAACUCUAGUGGUUUCUCCUCUUGUUUCACUCAUUCAAGAUCAAAUCAUGUAUUUACUACAGGCAAAUAUUCCUGCUGCUUAUUUGAGUGCCAACUUGGAGUGGGUUGAACAACAGGAAAUACUUAGGGAGCUGAUGUCUGGUGUAUGUAAAUACAAGCUACUAUAUGUGACCCCAGAAAAAAUUGCUAGAAGUGACGUUCUAUUGAGAAACUUGGAAAGUUUACAUUCACGGGGAUCACUUGCUAGGAUCGUAAUUGAUGAAGCUCACUGUGUUAGCCAAUGGGGACAUGAUUUUAGACCAGACUAUCAGGGCCUUGGUAUUCUGAAACAGAAAUUUCCAAACACACCAGUGUUGGCUCUAACUGCAACAGCGACAGCUAGUGUAAAGGAAGAUGUUGUGCAAGCUCUUGGCCUCAUUAAUUGCAUUGUUUUCAGACAGAGUUUUAAUCGCCCAAACUUGUGGUAUUCAAUAUUACCGAAGACUAAGAAAUGUUUGGAUGACAUUGACAAAUUCAUCAAAGAAAACCAUUUUGAUGAAUGUGGCAUCAUUUAUUGUCUUUCAAGAAUGGACUGUGAAAAAGUGGCUGAAAAGUUGCAGGAGUGUGGGCACAAGGCAUCAUUUUACCAUGGCAACAUGGAUUCUUCUCAGCGAGCAUAUGUUCAAAGGCAGUGGAGCAAAGAUGAAAUAAAUAUAAUAUGUGCAACAGUGGCGUUUGGAAUGGGUAUAAAUAAACCUGAUGUUCGGUUUGUGAUUCAUCAUUCUCUUCCAAAGUCUAUUGAAGGUUAUCAUCAGGAGUGUGGGCGUGCUGGUAGAGAUGGUCUGCGUUCAUCUUGUGUUCUGUACUACAAUUAUAGUGACUAUAUUAGAGUCAAGCAUAUGCUCAUGCAAGGAGUUAUAGAGCAAAAUCCUUUGGCAUCUGGAACAAGACGCAACUCGCUAGCAAACACUGAGAGAGUAUUGGAAACAAACCUAGAAAAUCUUUUGCGCAUGGUUAGUUAUUGCGAGAAUGACACUGAUUGCAGGCGUCUGCUACAGCUUAUUCAUUUUGGUGAAAAGUUCAAUCCUGAAAACUGCCAGAAGACUUGUGAUAAUUGUUCCAAAAUUUUGUGCUUGAUUGAGAAAGAUGUCACUGACAUUGCAAAGCAACUGGUUGAAUUGGUGAGAAUAACUGGCCAGCGUUAUUCAUCAUCCCAUAUUCUUGAAGUUUACAGGGGUUCCUUGAGUCAAAUGGUGAAGAAAUAUAGGCAUGAAAACCUAAGUUUUCAUGGAGCAGGGAAACAUUUAGCCAAAGGCGAAGCUUCCAGAAUAUUAAGGCAUUUGGUUAUUGAUGAUAUUCUUAUGGAAGAUGUCAAGAAGAGUGAUCUAUAUGGUUCUGUAUCAUCGGUAUUGAAGAUAAAUGAAUCAAAAGCACAGGCACUCUCCUCAGGACAGCUAACAAUUAAGCUCAGGUUCCCGACUCUGGGAAAGGCAUCUAAGAUGCAGAAACCUGAAACAACCCCUGCAAAAGGUUCAUUGGUUCCUGGAAUAGUGAACCCUCCCCAAAGUGACAUACCUGCUCAAGCACAACCUGAAGUCGACCUGAAUCUGUCAGCAAAAAUUUAUGCUGCUUUGCGUAUACUUCGCACUGCACUUGUAAAGGAGGCUGGUGAAGGAUACAUGGCAUAUCACAUUUUUGGAAAUGCGACAUUGCAGCAGAUCAGCAAGAAAAUACCAAGGACCAAAGAAGAACUCCUUGAGGUCAACGGCAUGGGCAAGGUGAAGGUAAGUAAGUACGGGGACCGUGUAUUAGAUACUAUAGAGUCGACGAUCCAAGAAUACCAGAAGACUGACAAGAAUAGCAGUGGUAGCAGCAACACAAGUUCUGACGGUGUAAAAAGAAGGAGAGGCUCAGCAGGUGUUGAUUCCACUGCAGAUGAUGAUUUUACUGAUAACACUGAACAAUCAAAGAAAAGGGUAAUGAAGACUCCUCUUGAAAUAAGGUGCAUUGAUUUGGAAUUGGAUGGGUGUCACAUGGGCACUGAGGAAUCAAAUCCAAAUCCAAAAUAUAAGAAUUCUGGUAGAGUCCUGCCGCAAUGGUCUUCACCAGAGAUCAAAAGUGUCAGUCCUGGAAACAAUCUAUUUGAGGAAUUUUCAUACAAGAAAUAGGAAAUAUAUCAUGCAGUUCUUGUAGUUCUUGCUGAAUAUUAUCUCCAGCCAGGUUCUAUUCUCAACCGCGGCUGCGCGGCAGGUAUGAAUGACCAUAAGAUUAUAACUGUUAGUGUUGCUCAUCCAUCAAGUGGUUAUUACUACAGAACAUUAUCUGUCAUGAAGCAGGACAUGGCAUCUAAAAUUGGACUAGUGAAGCUAUAACUACAAAAGAAAUUUUCUCAAAUGUUUUAUGCUGACAUAGGGAAUGUUGUACAUGUUGUAUCACUAAUCUAGAUCAGUGCACUGCUAGGCUUGAAGAUGAUGACAUUUAUGGCAGAUUACCUGAGAACUUUGAGAAAGUGACUUGAAUUUUUAUUCUUCUUUACCAAGAA